ACGAGAUCACCUGCAACCCCAUGGAGUCUACCUACCUGGAGUUCAUCUGUCCUACCUUCGAACUGGAAUCCUCCACCGACUGCCUCAAUGACCGCCUGGUGGUGACUUACCAUGGCUCUCGCGAAGAGAAAUGCGGCACCGACAGUCCCGACGGAACCAUCACCUCCGACGGGUGGACGCGCCUCACCUUCGCCAGCAACGGCGCCACCACCGCCCCUGGCUACCGCUGCUACAUCUGGUGCCGCGAACAGACCACCACGACCUCCACCACCACUUCAACGACAACCACAUCUACCACUACUACCACUACUACCCCAACUUCCACUACUACAACUACAACACCUACAACCACUACAACCCCAACCACAACUACGCCAACUACCACUACACCAACUACAACACCGACCACUCCAGUCUGCUAGAUUGCAUUACAUAAUGAUACAUCUACCACUACUGCAACUGACAUUCUGAUCAGCAACAAGAGCAAAAACACUUUUCUCUGCGAUGCCUGUAACUACUACGUUGCAAGAUCAUUUCGCAUAAAUCCAAGAUAAAACAUUCAACAAACUUCUUAGUAUCAUAUAUAUUUACUGGAAUGGAAACGUCUUGUCCAUUAAAAUAUGAUAUAUAU